CGAUCGUGAAAAAAUAAAAAUGAAAAAUUCCAUAAAUUUCUAUCUUGUUCCAUCAUUGACAUCGUUUGAAAAAUGUCGAAUCUUAUGGUAAAAAUUGCACUAUUGAAUACGAAAUUAGUUGUGAAUGCUUAUACGGCUGUUACCUUACCAUUCUAUACGAUAUAUCAACGACCAUGGCAAAAAUUACGUGCAAUGAAAUCAUUUGCUGUUCGCAUGGAAAAAGAUAAACAUGGACGAAUUAUUUAUUCAAGACAAGCGGCCAUACGACCGGAUCAUAAAUAUUUUCAUAUUGAUACAUAUAGCAAAGCAUUGACUACGCUCAAUCGCGAUGAACCUAAAAUUGGCCAAAGAGAAAUAAUCAGUGAAGAAUUGCAAUAUGAUCAAAAUGGACAGCCAAUCAUGGUUGAAGGUCGACCUUUAACUAAAAUUAAGCUAUCCGAUUAUAAAUGGUGGACAGUCGGACAGAUACUUGAUCGGGCUGAUGCGAUUGCUCGAGGUCUACAACAAUUGGGUGUAAAGAAAGGAGAUAAAGUAAUGAUUUAUGCCGAAAGUAAUGUCGAAUGGUUUCUGGUUACAUUGGCUUUGAAUCGUUUAUGCGCUGUAACGGUUACUUUAUUUUCGACACUUGGUGAUUCUGGUGUUUUAUACGGUUUGAAUCAAAGUGAAUCCGAAUAUCUUAUCAUUGGAGAAUCAUUACUACAAAAAAUCGAUAAACUUCAAGAUCAACUUCAAUACAUAAAGAAAAUAGUUUAUAUUCCAAAUUCUUCGAAUUCGUACAAAAGUCGUGAUCCAAAAAUUAAAGCUUCGAAAGAAAAAGUAUCGAAAAAAUAUUCUAUAUUAUCAUUGGAACAGCUAGAAAAAAAUGGUAAUAAUAUUCAACCUUAUACAUUUCCAGAUCCUAAACCUGAUGAUUUAAUGCUUAUAAUGUAUACAUCCGGAACAACUGGAGAUCCAAAAGGAGUGAUGGUAACACACAAAAAUUUUAUGGAAUUUUGUAAAAAUUUAUUACGAAGAGAUUUAGAAUCACCGAUAAAAUUAAUUCGUUCAAGAAAUCCUGGAUUUUUACCGAUGGCUCAUAUGUUCGGCUACAUUAGUAAUUUAUCAUCGUUUUUGAGCGAUGGUGAUUUUGGUUUGUCUUCACCAGUAACAUUGUUGAGUUCAUCACCUACACAUGUAGAAGGACAAAAAGGAGACAUGGAUUUGCUACAGCCAUUAUCACUUAUGAGUGUUCCAUUAGUAUUGGAAAAACUUUUAAGUGAAAUUUAUCGAAGAUUAAAUUCUCGAUCAUCGUUAGCGACACCGUUGUUUAGUUAUCUAAUGGAUUACAAGAUAAGAUGGCGAUCGCGUGGUUAUGAUACACCAAUUAUUAAUCGUUUAGUAUGUCAGCGUAUUAAUGAACAAUUUGGUGGCCGAUUAAAAUUAAUGGUCAUUGGUAGUGCUGCCAUUGAUGAACGUACACAUAAAUUGGCAACGGCUGCAUUGAAUGCCACUUGUAUUAUGAAUGGCUAUGGAAGCACAGAAAUGGGAGUCAUAACAAUCAUGACACAAAAUGAUCUUAGCUUUGGUAGAACCGGUGUACCUGUGGAAAAUAUGAAAUUCUAUCUGGAUGAUUGGAAUGAAGGCGGCUAUUCGGUCAAUGAUAAGCCUAAUCCACGUGGUGAAAUUAUAGGCGGUGGUGAUCAAGUUGCAUUGGGAUAUUAUAAAAAACCUGAAGAAACGGCUAAAGAUUUUUUUGUUGAUGAGGAAGGAUGUAGAUGGUUUCGAUCAGGUGAUAUUGGAGAAAUAUUCCCUGAUGGUACAUUGAAAAUUAUUGAUCGUAAAAAAGAUUUAGUCAAAUUAUCGAAUGGUGAAUUCAUUUCGCUUGGAAAGAUUGAAGCUGGUCUUCGAACAUCUGGUUAUGUAGAUAAUAUUUGCAUUGUUACGGAUCCAUUCCGUAACGAUGUUAUAGCAUUGAUUCGGCCAAAUCGACCAACACUAAUGAAACUUGCAGCUGAAUUGAAAAGACCACUUGAUUAUGAACAAUUAUGCGAUGAUCCAAUCAUCAUUCAAAAGGUUCUCGAAUCAAUACAGAAAAAAUGUCAAGAAUUAAAUUAUAAAAAACCCGAAACACCGGUCAAAAUAGCUUUGGUCAAAGAAGAAUGGACACAGGAAAAUAAUCUAUUGACGGCUGCAUUUAAACUUCGAAGAAAACCGGUCAUGGAUUUUUAUCGUGAUCUUAUCAAACAAAUGUUUAGUGAAAUUGAUAAGAAAGUUUAAUUAUUAUUAUUUUGAAAAAAAUUUUAUUUUAUCAUUAA